AUGAAACCUUCAGAAAUUUCAGGGAAUGUAUUUCUGAUCGUAUUAAUUGGAGUUCUGUCCGUGGCUUACGUUUGUGAAGCAUUAGGUACUAAAUUGGUUACACUUGGCCAGCAAGUUAAACUGCAAUUUCCAACUGAUAUCGACAAAAUCGAGAAAAUGUUCGAACGUGAAUCCCGUCCAAUUGUUGAGAAGGGAGCACUGACGGAUUGGGCGCGCAAAAUGUUUGGUGAUCGUGUAUCGUAUGCCAGAGAUGGAACGCUAACUAUUCGUGAUAUUAAGCCAUCUGAUAUGGGCGAUUAUGAAUUCGAACAGGGUCGUGGAGUUUACAAGUGGACUUUAGAAAAAUUGUGA